AUGGCCGCUACCAUUUCCACUGCCGGUUCUCAAAACCUUGAACUCACCUCUUCUCAGUUGCCUCCCACCAUCACCUCCCCAGAUCAGCCGACAGCGUCAUCGCGGUCCUUCAUUCAUCUCGGAUCCCCGCGUGCCCAGAACACCUCUUUUCCCGUCACCCCAAUGAGCGCGGUUCCUCCGGGCUUGCUAGACCCUCCAACCACGACCUCUUUUGCAGAUUAUCUUCGCACUUGGACAGACGCCCAAGUUGCCAAGUGGCUCACCGAAAUCAAGUGUCCCUCACAUAUCGACACCUUUAAAGAACAUGAUAUUAGAGGUGAUGUCCUGCUCGAACUCGAUCCGGAGACACUGAAAGAAAUGAACAUCACGAGCGUCGGUGACAAACUUAGAAUCCUCGGCGCCGGCGAAAAUCGUAUGUUCGAAUCACCGCGGGAUCCACCUAAAUUAAAUGGCCAUUACACGUCCCACUCACGGGAGAAUUCCCGUGAAAACACCCAUCAAAAUAAUGCGUCCGUUUCCAGAGCUCCGAAACGCCUUGAAAACAAGCCCGCCCCGCUCGUACUAUCGCCCCAGGGAAGAGGCGACCUUCCACGACUCGUUCGUGAGCCUUCCUCCGGUGACUCAUGUCGUGCCAUCACUGCUGUCCGCCCGCUUCCGCAGCCCGCACAACCUGCUCCAGCGAACAGUCACACCUCAACGAGGCCAUCGCUGCCACCUCUCCCCCCCGCUCCACGAGGUCAGCCUCCUCAACCACCUACUAUUCAACAUACAGGCGCCCGUCCCAGUCCCAAUCCCCGCAAUUUGCAUCCUCUGUCAGUACAGCGAUCACGGACACCCAAUCAAGACUUGCCUCCUUUCACAAAUUCACCACUGCCACCCGCGCCGACCGGCCAGUCACUACUCACUCCGGUUUCCGGCAGUAGCUCGUUGUCAUCGUUCGGCCUACCAUCUGAUCCGCGAUCUGGUUUGGGCAGUGCUCUUAAACCGCCUGUUCGAACCCCUUUCUCCUCGCAGUCAUCACCGCGCUCCGCGAAUAGCGCUACGCACGGACGAAACAUUUCAUUCGGAGGCAUGAGUUCACCAUUGGGCUAUGCUCCCUUGCAAUCUAAGCAAAGGCCAUCGACAUCGGGCACUCACCCCUACGCAUCGGCACAGCCUCCGCCUGUGCAAGCUAUCUCUAACCAAAAUGCGUUAGCAUUGUCACCGAUCGCAGAGUCGCACAACAGCGGUUCGUCUUCACCGGGAUCGACGUCGCCGCCUGUGGGGUCCUUUCCCGUUGGCCGAAGUCCUCUCAGUCAGCCAUCUCACUCGCAUACGCCGUCGCUGGAUGAGCGCCACAAACUCGUCAAGUUUGUGCUGCCGGAGGAGGGCCGCUCCUGUGUUAUCGAUGUCGCGGAUUGUGCGGGAGGCACCGAGGUCAUGGAAAAGGUGCUCAGGAAGCUCGAAAAUGUUGGCACACGCAAGAACGACCCCACGAAUCUCACAAACCGGGUGGAGACCGAAGAUGGUAAACCUUUGUCGGAAGCAGAACUACUAACUGUCUGCCGCGGACCCCCUGACCCGCUCAAGGACCAAGGACUAACGUUACGCAGAACGGCCAAAGCAAGGCGCAACAAAUCUGUAGGGCGAGAUCCAGACGAGGAACGUGAAACGGAAGCUCAAAAAUUCCCAAGUUCGUCUGCCUCCAGUGUUUCACAGACAGGACAACGGGCCAAAGCAAUUAAGCGUGCAAGCACCAUCAGUGUUCUCAGCGGCCUUGGUGUGCGUGAUCCAGAGAAGGUACUCGAGCCCCCUGCCUCUCCAACGCAAAGCCCGACGUCAUCUAUAACUCCCCAAACAAACUCGAUGAAAAAGCCUUCAAAGUUGCGCAACUUCUUCGGCCAGCGGCCGCCGAGCGAACUCAUCACGACGCACCUGACCGAAUAUUUCCCCUUUGCGGAGAAGAAGGCGCUGCGCACUGCACGGCACAGUAUGAUGCUCCGAGCGUCUGUGGGAGGCAAGCGGGAUAGUAUGAUGUCUGUCAACCAUCCUUUGCCGUCCUUGUCUAGUAUCGGCACGCAGGGCUCCGGGUUAUCGCAGCGUUCGGCAUCACCAGCACGUACAACUUCGUCGAAAGGAGCCUCCAUGGUCUCGAUGGCAUCUGGGGUCCAUGACAAGGUUUUGAAUCGUUCUAAAGAGUCACUCACUGCGGACGAGCACCCCCCUCGUUUAUCCAUCUCGACAGACGAUGGGCGCUCUGUUAUUCUUACGGGAGAUGACGUUGAGAAGCUUUCUGGGAGUGACUCGAAGCCACACUUGCUGCCCCCUGUAAAUUUCCCGACAGAAUCCCUUUCUGAAUCGAUGGAAAACCUGACCGGAAGCCAACAUCUAUCGGGAGCGAGUCCCGGUACCACCAAUCGGAUGAGCUACAUGACCGAACUGAAGGGCAAACACGAUUGGUCCGAUACGGCUAGCCUUCUAACUGUUGACGAGAUCACAGCAGAAGUCGAAAACCGUCGUCAGAGCAUGGCCGUUGACAUGGGUGUCGAGGGUGCAGAGGACUGGACCAAGGUCGAAUCUGACAUCGACGAAGUUAGCAGCUUGACGAGCACUACCCUCGAUGAUGAAGACGAAGACGAAGUGGAAUGCGAAAGCGAAGAGGAAACUGGCAAGGCUGUGACGUGCAGUGGUGGGACGAAAUGGAUCAAGGGUGCACUUAUUGGGGCAGGAUCGUUUGGCAAAGUGUAUUUGGGAAUGGACGCGGUUAACGGGCUGUUGAUGGCCGUGAAGCAGGUCGAACUCCCCACAGGUUCGGCUCCAAACGAAGAGCGCAAGAAGAGCAUGCUUAGUGCGCUGGAACGUGAGAUUGACCUGCUGAAGGACCUCCAACAUCCGAAUAUCGUGCAAUACCUAUAUUCUUCGGUCGACGACGAUUACCUCAAUAUUUUCCUAGAGUACGUCCCUGGUGGGUCCGUUACCGCCCUGUUACGUAGCUAUGGCGCCUUCGAGGAACCCUUGGUCAAGAAUUUCGUGCGGCAAAUUUUGCAAGGUCUCAACUACUUACACGAAAGAGAUAUCAUCCACCGUGAUAUCAAGGGUGGAAACAUUCUGGUCGAUAACAAAGGUGGAAUCAAAAUAUCAGACUUUGGUAUAUCCAAGAAGGUUGAUGGCAAUCUAUUGACUGGCAAGCGCAUGUAUCGACCUUCUUUCCAAGGCUCCGUGUUCUGGAUGGCACCCGAAGUCGUGCAGCAGAAGGUUCACACCACAGCAGCCGACAUCUGGAGUGUCGGCUGUUUAGUCGUGGAAAUGCUUACUGGUGAACAUCCGUGGGCGCAGCUUACCCAGACACAGGCCAUCUUCAAGAUUGGUCAGUCGGCAAAGCCUGAAAUACCUUGUGACAUAUCUUCGGAAGCCGAGGAUUUCCUAAGGAAAACUUUCGAGAUCGAUCACCGAGCUCGUCCCAGUGCUGGAGGACUACUUCAACAUGCUUGGCUUGGCGCCAAGAAGUCUGCUAAUUCCUCCAACAAGAAUAUCGCCGCCUCAAAAAACGUUCCAACGAUAGAAGUCACGACAUGA